GAAGAAGAAGUCACUUCCGCUUCCGGCUGAGCUCCGCCAGCCUCUCCUGAUCCUUCUCCUUGGAAGAAAAGCUGGAAUUUUCUGUUCGCCGGAGAGGAGCUGCUGCUUCCCGCUACCAGCAUCCCUGACAGGCUGACCCUGGUAACCUUUGACCCCUCAGUGACCCCUCAGUGGUCCCGCUGCCGGAGGCUCCGGACGGCCCCCCGCUAACCUUGGCGGACCUGCUUAGAGUUCAGGCCGGAGGCAGGAUGCAGGGAGACCGCUGAUGACCACAGAGCCCGACCCCAGUGCCAUGUCUGUAUCUGCCGCCCCUUUACCAUUUCCAUGCAAGAAGAAGAAGCGAGUAAUGGCUGAAAUCAAUGUGUCGCCACUGAAGCACUUUGUCACCGCAAAGAAGAAGAUCAACGGGAUAUUUGAACAGCUCGGCACCUACAUCAAGGAGAGUGCCUCCUUUCUAGAAGAUACCUACAGAAACGAUGAGCUGGACCCGGUGGCCACCGAGGAGCAGGUCCAGGAGGUCUGCAGCUACCUGUCCAAGGUGGCCGGAAUAGGAGAGGUUCUGGCCCGGAGGCACAUGAAGGUGGUCUUCUUUGGAAGAACCAGUAACGGGAAGAGUUCUGUGAUCAACGCCAUGCUGUGCGAUAAAGUCCUGCCCUCUGGCAUCGGACACACCACCAACUGCUUCCUGAGGGUGGAGGGCACCGACGGCAGCGAGGGCUUCCUCCUCACCGAAGGCUCCGAGGACAGGAAAAGCAUUACGACGGUGAACCAGCUGGCUCACGCUCUGCACCAGGAUGUGGACCUGGACGCCGGCAGCCUGGUCUGCGUCAUGUGGCCCAAAGCCAAGUGUGCUCUGCUCAGAGAUGAUUUGGUGCUGUUGGACAGCCCUGGCAUAGAUGUCACCACGGAACUGGACAGCUGGAUCGAUAAGUUCUGUCUGGACGCAGACGUGUUUGUCCUGGUAGCAAACUCUGAAUCCACGCUCAUGCAAACGGAGAAGUCCUUCUUCCAUAAAGUCAACGAGCGUCUCUCCAGUCCCAAUAUUUUCAUCCUCAACAACCGCUGGGAUGCGUCUGCCUCAGAGCCGGAGUAUAUGGAGGAGGUCCGCCGGCAGCACAUGGACCGCUGCUCCAACUUUCUGGUGGAGGAGCUGGGGGUGGUGGACAGAGCUCAGGCCAGUGACCGCAUCUUCUUUGUGUCGGCCAAAGAAGUGCUGCAGGCUCGCGUGCAGAAGGCCCAGGGGAUGCCGGAAUCAGGUGGAGCUCUAGCUGAAGGAUUUCAAGCCAGAAUGUUUGAGUUCCAAAACUUCGAGAGGCGAUUUGAGGAAUGCAUCUCCCAGUCUGCGGUGAAGACCAAGUUCGAGCAGCACACAGUCCGAGCUAAGCAGAUCUCUGAAGCUCUGCGGCGCAUCAUGGACCUGGUUCACACAGCUGCCCAGGAACAGAGACUCUACUGCGUGGAGACAAAGGAGGAUCGUCAGCAGCGGCUGGAGUUUAUAGAGAAGCAGCUGGACCUGCUGACCAUGGACUGCAAGGCCAAGAUCAAGAAGAUCACAGAGGAGGUGGAGAGGCAGGUAACCAACACCAUGGCAGAGGAAAUCAGGAGGCUGCAUGUGCUGGUGGACGACUUCCACAUGGACUUCCACCCGUCACCAGUGGUCCUCAAGGUCUACAAGAACGAGCUGCAUCGCCACAUAGAGGAGGGUCUGGGGAAGACCAUGUCUGAGAGGUGCUCCAGCUCCAUCACCUGCGCCCUGCAGGCCACCCAGAUGGAGAUGAUGGAGGGCCUGAAGCCGCUGCUGCCCAUCUCUGCCAAAGAUCAGGUGGACAAGAUAGUUCCCCGCCAGUACUUCAGCCUGACCUAUGACCUGGCCUGUGACAAGCUGUGCAGCGACUUCCAGGAGGACAUCAGCUUCCACUUCUCCCUGGGAUGGACCAUGCUGGUCAACCGCUUCCUGGGCCCCAAGAACACGCGGCGUGCCCUCAUGGGCUACAGCGAGCAGGUUCCUCGGCCCAUGGCCUUAACUCCAGUCAGCACCAGUAUGCCUCCUUUCCCACAGAGCUCAGUGACUCAGGAGGAGCUGAUGGUCACCAUGGUGACGGGGCUGGCAUCCCUUACCUCCCGUACGUCCAUGGGAGUCCUUGUAGUGGGCGGUGUGAUCUGGAAGGCGGUGGGAUGGCGUCUCAUCGCGCUCUCCCUCGGCCUCUACGGGCUUCUCUACGUCUACGAGCGGCUCACCUGGACAACCAAGGCCAAGGAGAGGGCCUUCAAGCGGCAGUUUGUGGACUACGCCAGCGAGAAGCUGCAGCUGAUCGUCAGCUACACCGGAUCCAACUGUAGCCACCAAGUGCAGCAGGAGCUGAGCAGCGUCUUCGCACAGCUGUGCCAGCAGGUAGACGUGACCCGUCAGAACCUGGAGGACGAGGUGAACAACAUGAACAGGAAGAUCGAGCUCCUGGACACCCUGCAGAGCAAAGCGAAGCUCCUCCGGAACAAGGCGGGCUGGUUGGACAGCGAGCUCAACAUGUUCACCCAGCAGUACCUCCAGCCCAGCAAGUGACCCGGAGGGAGACGCAACAUGGCCGACCUGCUGCUGCGGUUCUGUUUGUGUGCAGAUGAUCCGUGUUGUUUGCAUGUCCUGCUUACUGCCGUAGUCACGUGAACUCGUUCAGUUUCAGGAGAAGCCGGAGGUUAUGUGAGAGCGUGGUUUGGUCUUCCUCUCCGUUAGCGUCCGGCUGUCCUGCUCAGACCAUCCUGUAGAUUUCUAAUCCCGUUCGUUUUAAAGCACUUUACUAAUAAAUCCAAGUUCUGCUGGGAACUCUGGCCUCAGCUGUGGCCAGUCAGACUGGUUCCAGUUUGAUCCCAGUGAAGGAAACCUGUGGCACCUGGUGUCUAAUAUCUUAAUUUAUUAAUUGAUGUACAUUUGUUUUGUUUGCUGUAUAAAUGUAAAUUAUUUUUGUUUUUGUCCCAGUUCCCCUUUCAGCAGUUAAGAGACAGAAUUUCAGCCACUAUGAUUAUUUUUUGUAAAUUCUAAUAAACUAUUUCUGUUGCUCGUUA